UCUCUCUCUCUCUCUCAGCUGCUCACCCUCCCCUCUCUUCCUGUGGAUGGUGUUGCUCUCCCUCUCUCUCCCUCUCUCGCUCGCAGUCUAGUGGAGCCGCACACAAGGAUUAGAGGGUUUGCUGUGAGUGUCUGCUCUGAGGAGAAGAAGCCAGAAGAGAAGAGAUGAAAUCCAAUUUCUCUACAAAAGGGAAAAGCCUUCACUGUUGUGGAUAAGUGAUCUGAUUUGCCUUCACUCCACCUCUCAUUCCAUUCAAGCCAGGCUGAAGACCUCGCUGAGCCUUCUUCACCUGGGGGGAGGACAGAUAAGCCAAAGGGACCAUAUAUCCUGGACCUCCACACGGGGAGCCAUGUGAGCGGCACCCCCUCCACCCACUUCACACUACAGAAGUCGUACCCCCCCCCCCCCCAGAGUCUGCACUCUCAGCUGGGGAGCACAUCCAGGAUUUUGUCCUUUUCUCCCCCCCCCAACCCUGCCUGGAACCUCCACUGUCAGGGCUUGCGUGGAGCGACUCUCCGGGGCUCGUCGUAACCCCAGCGGGAGACACUCAUCUUUGGGGGAACUGGUCGGGGUGUGAGUGCCCCCUGGUCUGGAGGCCGGCCAGCAGCACUCCAGCACCAUGGAUUACCUGUUUGGGAUUGUAGUGCUGCUGUGCGGGGCGGUGCAGCCGGGGAGAGGAGUUGAGCCCAAGCACAACGUACCCAGGCUAAAGCUGUCAUACAAGGAGAUGUUAGACUCCAGUAACCUCGUCACCUUCAACGGCCUGGCCAACAGCUCGAGCUACGACACUUUCCUAUUGGAUGAGGAGCGGGGGAGACUGCUGGUCGGGGCCGAGGACCACAUCUUCUCCUUCGACCUUGUCAACAUCAACAGAGACUUCAAACAGAUUGCAUGGCCUGCCACCCCCUCUAAGCGGGAUGAAUGCAAGUGGGCAGGGAAAGACUACGGGAAAGAGUGUUCUAACUUCAUUCGAGUCCUCCAGCCGUACAACCAGACCCACCUGUACAUCUGCGGCACAGGAGCCUUCCACCCCAUCUGUGCUUAUCUGGAAAUGGGCAAGAAAGCAGAGGACAACAUCUUUCGCCUGGGAUCUCUCUUUGAGAACGGCCGCGGGAAAAGCCCCUACGACCCCAAAAUGCUCUCCGCCUCUCUCCUGAUCGAUGGAGAACUGUACUCUGGCACAUCUGCUGAUUUCAUGGGAAGGGACUUUGCUAUUUUCCGUACGCUGGGAGAUCAUCAUCCAAUCAGAACAGAGCAGCAUGAUUCAAGAUGGCUGAAUGACCCCAGGUUCAUCAACGUGCACUUGAUCCCAGAGAGUGAUAACCCCGAAGACGACAAGCUCUUCCUGUUUUUCAAAGAGAACGCCAUGGAUGGAGAGAACACUGGCAAGGCCACCAUCGCCAGGAUAGGACAACUGUGUAAGAACGAUAUGGGAGGACACAGGAGUUUGGUGAACAAGUGGACCACUUUCCUCAAGGCCCGGCUAAUGUGUUCGGUCCCCGGGGUCAAUGGCAUUGAUACACACUUUGACGAACUACAGGACGUUUUUCUCAUGAGCGCCAAGGACCCAAAGAAUCCAGUGAUCUACGCUGUAUUCACCACAUCCAGUAACAUCUUUAAAGGCUCAGCAGUGUGUAUGUACAACAUGGCAGACAUAAGGAGGGUUUUCCUGGGUCCCUACGCCCACAGAGACGGACCCAACUACCAGUGGGUGCCCUUCCAAGGGAGGGUGCCCUACCCUCGGCCCGGCACGUGUCCCAGUAAGACGUUUGGAGGUUUCGACUCCACCAAGGACCUUCCCGACGACGUCAUCACCUUUGCCCGGGGUCACCCGGCCAUGUAUAACCCAGUGCACCCGAUAGGGGGGCGUCCCAUCAUGGUGAGGACAGAUGUGGACUACCAGUUCUCCCAGCUAGUGGUGGACCGAGUGGAGGCAGAGGACGGACAGUACGACGUCAUGUUUAUCGGCACAGAUAUGGGAACGGUGCUGAAGGUGGUGACGAUCCCCCGAGAGAGCUGGCACGACCUGGAAGAGGUGGUCCUGGAAGAGAUGACUGUCUUCAGGGAGCCCACGGCCAUUACUGCGAUGGAGCUGUCCACCAAGCAGCAACAGCUGUACCUCGGCUCGUCCCUCGGCGUAUCGCAGAUGUCCUUACACCGUUGCGAGGUGUAUGGGAAAGCUUGCGCUGAGUGCUGCUUGGCCAGAGACCCGUAUUGCGCCUGGGACGGCACCGAAUGCUCAAGAUACUUUCCAACUGCCAAGAGGCGAACCAGACGACAGGACAUCCGAAACGGAGACCCUCUCUCCCAGUGCUCAGACCUCCAGCAUCACGAAGACGCGGACGGCCUGGGAGGCAGAGUGGAGGACAGGAGUGUGUUCGGCGUGGAGAACAGCAGCAUGUUCCUGGAGUGCAGCCCCAAGUCUCAGAGAGCGCUCAUCUACUGGCAGCUGCAGAAGCCCAACGAUGAUCGGAAGCAUGAGAUCAAACUAGACGACAGGGUACUCCGUACAGACCAGGGUCUGCUCAUACGCAGUCUAACACAGUCUGACACUGGUGUAUACCACUGCCAGGCUGUUGAGCACGGCUUCAUUCAGCCCCUCCUGCGCCUCAACCUCCAGGUAAUCCCCGCCCAGAAACUGGGCGACAUCCUUCCAGGGCUCCCCGGUGCGGGAGGCGGCGUAGGUCAGUCUGCCAAGCACAGGGUGUGGUACAGAGAUUUCCUCUCUCUCCUGGACCACCCGGACCUCAACAGCGUGGAAGAGUUUUGUGAUCGAGUUUGGAAGAAGGAUCGCAAACCGAAGAAGGCGAAGACGCCCAAUGGCAACGAUCGGGGUAAACCUGAGGGCACAGGCGCCGCCAACUCUGGUUUACGCCCGAAAGCUUUGGCUCCCAAUGCUCAGAGGCAGCAAGCCGGUCCACCGCAGAGCAGAACAUGGCUUCAGGCUGGAGCUCCGACAGUGGAAGGGCCAGCACGAGGCCAGAAUACCCAGAAAGGUCAAACAAAUCUGGGUACGUUGAGCGGCCAGGCGGCGAAGAACAACGCCAAGGUGCAAAGCGGCCAGAGGGGUCAGGGCAGCAUGGCCGGUUCUCAAGCGGCGGGCGGAACUCGAGCUAACAGCCAGCACGCGGCCAAGUGGAGACGGAUUCAGGAAAAUAAGAAGGGACGCAACAGGAGGACCCAUGAGCUUCAGAGACCCCCGCGCAGUGUUUGAACAGAAGCACACAUGAGAUGCACACAUGCCACCAGAUCUACACACACAAGCACAAAACCCAUGCAUCCACACACACUGUAUACACACAGACACAUUCUAUAGAUUGUGUUUCCAAUGUAUGAUGCAGUGACCUCUCCAUAACAGAACAAAAAAAAAAGAGAAGAAAACACAUCAAACACACGUUUUAGGUCGAAAGUGCAUGAACUG